AUGGCUGACGACCGGGUCUACAACGCACCUUGGUCUGAUAAACCGAAAAUGGUGUCCGAGAGUCCCAUCAUGGAGCCGCAGCCCCAAGAGCAGCCUGCCCACGCCUACGAUGAUGUCGACUACGAGAAGUACGGCGCCAGCCGUGAAUCCAACCCGCUACCCGAAUUGAAGCGGAAGCUGAAGAGUCGACACUUGCAGAUGAUUGCCAUUGGUGGUACCAUCGGAACUGGUCUCUUCAUUGGUAGCGGUGCGGCCAUCGCAAAUGCUGGCCCUGUCGGUGCGCUCAUCGCUUUCAUCUUCGUCGGAACCAUCGUUUACUCCGUCAUGACGGCUCUCGGAGAGGUCGCCACUUAUAUCCCCGUUCCCGGUUCUUUCACGACAUACGCGACACGAUUGAUUCAUCCUAGCUUGGGUUUCUCGAUGGGUUGGAUCUAUUGGUUUUCCUGGGCGUCGACCUUUGCUCUUGAAUUGACUGCCACUGGUUUAAUUAUCCAAUUUUGGGACGAUUCCAUCCCAAUUGCCAUCUUCAUCGCCAUUUUUUGGGUCAUCAUUAUCUUGCUGAAUCUGUUGCCGGUCAAGUUUUAUGGUGAGAUCGAGUUCUGGUUCUCCAGUAUUAAAAUUCUCACCGUGGUUGGUUUCAUGAUCUUCGCCAUCUGUAUCAACGCCGGUGCAGGCCAGAGGGGAUAUAUCGGUUUCCGAUACUGGGUGACUCCUGGUCCUUUUGUGACCCCAGACCUUUACCAGGUUACCGCAUCCCCCGCAGUCGCCAAAUUUGUUGGCUUCUGGUCCGUUCUCAUCAAGGCUGGUUUCUCUUACCAGGGUACCGAACUUGUCGGUAUUGCGGCCGGUGAGACAGAAAAUCCUCGCAAGACAGUCCCCUCCGCCAUUCGCAAGACCUUCUUCCGCAUCGUUUUCUUCUUCAUCCUGACCAUCUUCUUUAUCGGAAUUGUGGUCCCCUCCAACGACCCAAAUAUGGUUGCUAGCAGCGGUACCGGGGCCGACGCCAACAACGGAAACGCCUCUCCAUUUGUGAUUGCCGCCCGACUUGCUGGUGUCAAGGUUCUUCCGAGUAUCAUCAACGCCGUUCUGUUGACUGUCGUGCUUUCCGCCGCCAAUUCGAAUGUGUACAGUGGCAGUCGUAUCAUCGUCGGCUUGGCCCAGGAGGGAUUCGCCCCUCGCUUUAUGAAGAAGACCUCCAAGGGUGGUGUCCCUUACUACGCGGUUCUUUUCACCGCGGCGUUCGGUCUACUCGGUUUCCUCAACGUGUCGAGUGCCGGUGCCGAUGUCUUCAACUGGCUUCUCCAGAUCUCGGGCGUCGCUGGCUUCAUCACCUGGUGCUCUUUGAACGCCUGCCACAUCGCCUUCCAGAGGGCGUUGAAGGCGCGCAACAUUUCGCGCGAUAUCUUGCCUUACAAGGCUAUCUGGCAGCCGUGGUUCUCGUGGUACGGCCUCUUCUUCAACACCCUCAUCAUUCUCACCCAGGGAUUUACCUGCUUCAUUCCCAAGUUUGAUGUGCAGUCUUUCUUCAUCAAUUACCUGAGUCUCAUCUUGUUUGUGGUGCUGUAUUUGGGACAUUGGGCUAUCUUCCGCCCCAAGUUUGUCAAGUCUAUCGAGGCUGAUCUGGAUACUGGCCGAACCACCUUCGAUAAUGAGACCUGGGAGACGAUCGAGCCGACCACUUGGUACGGCAAGACCUGGCAGUGGAUCAGCGGUUAG